GUCACUUCCGCGCGACGCCGCCGGCGCAGCAUCGCCACAGCGCUCCUCUCCGCGCUCCGCCCCGCCGCCUCCCCGCCCCUCCCCGCCCCCUCCGGCGGUGUCGCCGCGUCUCCCCCCGGUUUGGCACCGCCGCCGCGAUGUGGCUCUUCGGCCGCGACCCCGUCCGCGACUUCGGCUUCGAGAUGGGGGCUGCCGAGCCCGACCCGGAGCCCAACGGCGUCUGGAAGCGGCUGCGGGGGCACCGCAAGGCUGACGGGCAGCCGGUGACGGUGUUUGUGCACACCCUGGGGACGGGGGACCCCACCGGCACCGCCCGCGCCCGCUGUGCCCUGCGGCGCUUCCGCACCCUGCGGCACCCCAACAUCCUGGGGUACCUCGACAGCCUGGAGACGGAGCAGUGCCUGUACCUGGUGACGGAGGCGGUGACGCCGCUGCGCUGCCACCUGCGGGACGCGGGGGGGGCCCUGAGUGAGGAGGAGGUGGCGUGGGGGCUGCAGCAGCUGCUGACAGCGCUGGCCUUCCUGUCCCGCUCGGGUCUGGUGCACGGUGCUGUGGGGCUGGACGCCGUCUUCGUGGACCCGGGGGGGGAAUGGAAGUUGGGGGGCCUGGAGCAGGUGGGGGGUGGCGGGCAGGAGCCCGCCCCCCGGCCCCCCAAUGAGCCCCCCCGGCCCCAGGACCCCCCUGAACUGAGCGGGGGUGGCAACGGGAGUGGGGAGCCCUGGGCGGGGGAUAUGUGGCGCCUGGGCUGCCUCAUCUGGGAGCUCUUCAACGGACCCCUCCCCCGAGCCAGCGCCCUCCGCAACUUCGGCAAGGUGCCCCGCCCUCUGCUCGCCCCCUUCUCCCAGCUGGUGGCCGCCGACCCCUCCACGCGGCCGAGCCCCGAACAGCUGCUGGAGUUGGGGGGCCGCCCCGGCGCCUUCCUCAGCUCCGCCAUCGCCACCACCGCGCGCGGCCUCGAGCAGCUGCAGGUCCAGGACCCCCCGCAGCGCCGCGCCUUCCUGCAGCAGCUCCCAGCCCUGCUGCCUUCGCUGCCCUCCGCCUUCCGCCACCACAAACUGCUGCCGCGGCUGCUGCAGGCGCUCGAGUUCGGCAGUGCCGACGCCGCCGCGCUGCCGCCGCUGCUCCAGGUGGCCAAAGCGUUGGACCCCCCCGAGUAUCAGCGCCGCAUCGUCCCCGUCAUCGUCCGCCUCUUCGCCUCGCCGGACCGAGCGCUGCGCAUGCGGCUGCUGCAGCAGCUGGAGGACUACAUUGAGUUCCUUCCGGAGGCGACGGUGAGCUCUCAGAUCUUCCCCCACGUGGCUCGGGGUUUCCUGGACACCAACGCUGCCAUCCGUGAGCAGACCGUCAAGUCGCUGCCGCUGUUGGCCCCCCGUCUCCCCGAGGCGCAGCGGGGCCGGGAGCUGCCCCCCCUCCUGUGCCGCCUGCAGGGCGACGCUUUGGGCCCCCUGCGCUGCAACGCCACGCUGUGCCUGGGCCGCGUGGCCCCACUGCUGCCCCCCACGGUGAGACAGCGGGUCUUGGCCCCCGCCCUGGCACGGGCGACGCGGGACCCCUUCCCCCCAACACGGGCCGCCGCCGUCGCUGCCUUCGCUGCCACACAUCGGUGCUUCACGGCCGCGGAGUGCGCGGGGAGGGUCCUACCCACCCUCUGCCCCCUCACCCUGGACCCCGACCGCACCGUGCGCGAGCAGGCUUUCCGGGCGAUCCGCAGUUUUCUGGAGCACCUGGAGGCGGCUGCAGAGAGCGGGGGGGGCACGGAGGGGGCGUCCCCAGGUGUGGUCGCACCCCCUGAGGCCACAGCGGGGGGUCCGGGGGGGUUGGGGGCCGCCGUCUCCUGGGCUGUCACCUCCCUGACAGCGCGGCUCAUGGGGGGCACCGAGGGUGGCAGCCCUCCAGGGCCCCCCCUAGACACCCCGGCAGAGACCCCCACCGAGACCUCUGCGGAGACCCCCGUGGAGACCCCCACAGCCCCCCCACAAGAGCCCCCCUCUGAGCCCACCCCCCCGAAUGAUUUCGACUGCUGGGACGACGACUGGGGCAGUUUGGAGGAUGUGGAGCAGCCCCAGAGCCCCCCCCCAAGCACCAAGGACAAAGCGGAGUUGGGGGGCUCUCAGCCGGACUCCCCCCCACCCACUGCAGCCCCCCCCCGGGACCCCCCCUCAGCACAAGAUGAGGAAUGGGGCACCAGCACAGAGUGGGGCACUGAGGACGCAUGGGAGGCGCUGCCCAGCCCGCGGGGCCCCACCCCGGACCCCUCCCGGCGGCAGAGGGAGCAGCAGCGGCGCCGGGAGAUGGAGGCGCGGAGGGCGGAGCGGCGGGGGGGGGCGCGAGGCCCCCCCAAAUUGGGCACACGGAAACUCGACUGAAAUCGGAAGGGUGGAGGGGGGGGAGGGGGGGGGCCGGGGAUGCGGAC